AUCACUCGAACGCGUCAUGGCGGAGGGAGACGCGACGAAGUCGGCGGAACGGACAUAUACGGCGGCGGAGAAGCAGCUCUUUCGCCGCCGACAAGAGUUGGACUACUGGAAGAAAAACUCAUUGCGGAUCCGCAGCAGGAAUCUUGUGACCGGCUUGUGUAUUGGCGCGUUUGUCGUCGGCAUGUUUAGUUACACCAUCCUGUCCGUAAAACAGGAGAGAAUCCUGGACGAAAUAGAUGAUGAAGCCAGGAGCCAAAUCAUCAGAGGGCCGCGCACUGGUGCCAACUCUUGAUUGUGAACUCAAUUCCUCGCAGGGAUCUUGUCUUUUGUCAUGCAGGACAUCUGUCAUGACACGGUGACGCCAUUAGUGGCGAAUGAUGCUGUUUGAUGGCUUCCAAGCUCCUAAAUCUUCACAUGUCCGUCGUGUGAUUCAAAUUCCAUUCAAGACAUCCGUUAUUGAACAUGUCACAAACCACACAGUGCGGUGCUACUACUGAUCGAUGCUAUAUUUUCAUCUCACGAAAUGGAGAAACUGAUAAACAGUUCAUGAACAUCAGUGAAAUAGCCCACACCAGAUGGGAUCAACUAACAUUUGCUUUGUGAGUUGGUGACAUUUUUAUUGCUGUGUCUGCCAUCACCUGUUAUGUUACUUUGUUUCAUGUCAUCAUCAAAUUGACUUUGUAUGAAAUUAUCCACAAAAAGAUUGAUUGCGGUGCAGUAAAUAUAUGUUGAUUCAAUUUUUAUUUAUCCAGGUAUGGCAACUGAGAAAAGAUGUGAUGCCAACCUGGCUGCAGACAGAAUAAAACAAAGCAAAA